UAGAUCACCGAUAAAUGGAUGCAAUCGAUCGCUCCGCCAGAUCUCUUACUUCCGGCUCAGCCUUCCCUCCUUCCUUUUGGCCAAAAUUCUCAGUCAUGGCUCCGCUUCAGAAAAAGCCGGUUGUGAAGAAGCAGGGUGGCAAGAAGAAGAAGCAGAUUCUGAAGUUCACUUUGGACUGCACCCACCCUGUCGAGGAUGGCAUCAUGGACGCAGCCAACUUUGAGCAGUUCCUGCAGGAGCGCAUUAAGGUCAACGGCAAAUCCGGGAACCUCGGAAACGGCGUGGUGUCCAUAGAGCGCAGCAAGAGCAAAAUAUCGGUCAACUCUGAGGUCCCCUUCUCCAAGAGGUACCUGAAGUACCUGACCAAGAAGUACCUGAAGAAGAACAACCUUCGGGACUGGCUGCGUGUCGUCGCCAACACCAAGGAGAGCUACGAGCUACGCUACUUCCAGAUCAACCAAGAUGAGGAGGAGGAAGAGGACGAGGACUAAACCUGUACACCUUCAAUAAAAGAUUUUCACUUUACAA